UCAGGGGACAGUCUUAAUCGGCUUACCCAGUCACAGGAUAAAUGCCCGGUGGACACCCUGGUGAGGGAGGCCGGCCACCCACCCGUGGCUCCCUAACACUGGCCCAGAGCUUGCGUGAGGCAGCCCAGGAGCCAGAGGUCGCCACAGGGUCCCUGCGAGAGAGGCCAUGAAUCUGGAGCCACCCAAGGCCGAGAUCCGGUCGGCCACAAGGGUGAUUGGGGGGCCCGUUACUCCCAGGAAAGGGCCCCCGAAAUUUAAACAGCGGCAAACCAGGCAGUUCAAGAGCAAGCCCCCCAAAAAAGGCGUCCAAGGGUUUGGGGACGACAUCCCUGGGAUGGAAGGCCUGGGGACAGACAUCACGGUCAUCUGCCCGUGGGAGGCCUUCAACCACCUGGAGCUGCACGAGCUGGCCCAGUAUGGCAUCAUCUAGCCUCCUCUGCGGUCCAAUCCAGCCCCCACCCCACUCGGAGUCCUGCAGAGAGGCUCCGGGGUGUGUCCGGAGACCCUCAAAGGACAGGACCUCGGGCCCCUGGACACCAGGAGCCCAUCGCCCCCCACAGGACGCCUGCCUGGCUCCCUGAGAGACUGGCCCACAGACCCUCUCGUCCUGCGGCUGGAACCAGGGCAGGGUCUCCCAGCCGGGUCCCUCCCAGCCCUGCUCCUGUCCUGCUUGUCCCGAGGCGAGGACAAGCUGCCCCCACAAGCCAUUCCCAGCUGGUGCCCCUGGGUGGGCGUGGUGGGUGGUGGGAGUCCUGGGGGCAUCAGAGAGCGAGACCCCUCCAAACCCACUGCAACGGUGGGAAGCCGGUCCUGUCCCUGCUUCAAAAUAAAAUCCUUGUGCCCCUA